AUGGUGACAAGACAUAGAGUAACUGUGCUCUAUAAUGCUCCUGAGGAUAUUGGUAACCAUAUGAGUCAAAAUGACACCCAUUUGACUGUUCGUGGCGGUGCUGGCGUGGUUUUACAACAAAGGUGGCUAUUAGAGAGGACCGAAAGCAUGGAUGAAUCCUUUACGAGAAUCACUUGGAGGCCCAGAGCAGAUUUGACUAGAGAAUUGAGCGUUAUUGAGAAUGAACUGAGUGCCGGAUUUUCAGUUUACUCAAAUUCUUCGAAGGUGCCAGAAAGAUUUAUUAGUAACCCCGUCUACAAUUCAUUUCAUAGUGAGAAGUUUGAUAUAGAGCAGCACUUACCUCCCGAAGUAGAUUUGAACCUGCUCUGGAAUCCGGAAAAUUUCACAUAUGAUAUAACAGUGGAGCCCUCACAAAUCCAAAUUGUUGAGUAUCGUCUGUUGAAACAGGGUGAAGAAUUUACAAUUGGCAAAGUGAAGGAUGAGAAACUUGAAGUGGGUAUAUUCUUUGUGGAUGCCAGUGAUGAAAGUGAUGUUGAUAUUGGUGGAAUACGUUGUAAUUGGAGAAUGGACGAUAGUAAGCUGGAAAGAUGUCAGAAAACAUCUUUAUUGUAUAAACAGGGCCAUAUCGCCUAUAAUCACUCCCCAACUACGACAUCAGUAUAUUUGAAUCAACCCGUUGGUUUGCACCCAAAAGUCAUGAUUGAUCUCACAGGUUUCGAAGAACGCCCGCAAUGUAUGUACUUAAUGCACUUGCAAUUGCCUUUAGAAUUAUUUGUCGAUAAGUUCCAAUCCUCUCCCUUACUACUUUUUGGAGAAGACGACUUAGAAUUACCAGAAUACUCCCUUCGAGAUAAGGCAUGGGGUUCCGAGAGCAUCUUUGAAUUGAAGGCCGGCACUAUGAAUGAAGUGACAUUACAUUCUAGAUAUAUUGAACCUUCUAAUGGUGAAGGGGAUAGAUUGGAGGUUGCAUUCGAUCCAGAAGUUAUAUUAGCCUGCGAUACAGGUGACAAUAAAGUUUCCCGCAACCCUUUUUAUAAAAAAGGCCUAGGAUAUGAAUCCCUCUUCACAGACGAUACUACAUUCCGCCAUUUGAACUCGACAACUCUACUUGUACCUAUUCCAAGACCUGAUACAAAUGAUUAUUCCAAGAUCAAAAAUGGUACGUUGCUAUGCUUACUCAUCUCUAUCAUAUACAUUUUUUCCAAGGUAUUUGGUAACAACAAAAAGAGAACGUCAGUAAAACAGGAAUAA